AUGUCCGAAAUAAUAAUAUGGGAUAAUGAGUUAAUUAUUAAAUUAAUCGAUCAGUACAAAAAAUACGAAUGUUUGUGGAUCCCUUCGAAUAAAUAUUAUAAAUGCAAAAAUAUAAGAAAAGACGCGUGGAAAAAAAUCAGUAGUGUUAUCAAAACAGAUAUAGUACAAGUCAAACGAAAAAUGAAAAAUUUAAGUGCACAAUUCUACAGGGGACGAAGAAAAAAACGUUCCAUGAAGAAAUCAGGAGUUGAAGGUGUAUUUAUUUCUAAAUGGUUCGCUUAUAAUUCCAUGCUUUAUCUUAGCAAUAGAAACAUGAUUCGCAAACGAAGUCACAAAGAUCUAAGUGAAAAAAUGGAUACUUCUUCAGAAUCCAGUGAGAGCGACACAAAAGUCAACAAUGAUAAUUUGGAAACCUCACAUAAAACAGAAGAUAUUAACAAAGAAUGCAAUCAACAAAAUCAAACAAUAAAACCAGAAACAUGGGAUUUUAUCCAAAAAGAACAUUGUUCAAAUAUCUCUACAAAAGAAAAAUUGAAUUAUUCAUCAGAUGAAACUCAGAAAUUUGAAAGUCCACCUAAGAAAAAAGCUGUAAGGAAAGAAAACAACAUAGAAUUUGAUAUCAAUGAAGACUGCUCAACAGUGACAAAAUUGGAUUAUAAUAAAGAACAUCGUGAUAGAUUUACAGUUUUUGGCGAGCAUGUAGCAUAUAAAUUGAGAGCACUUCGGACAGAGCAUUCACAGAAUAUGGUAGAACAUAUUAUUUGCAACAUUCUAUGGGAAGCAUCAAUGGGUAAUUACGAUCAAUCACCAUUUCAAAAUUCAUCAUCAACUUCAUAAUCUUCAGGAUUAAACGCAUUGUUAUUUAUGAUUUCAUCAAAAUUAAUCAUAUAUAGUUACUUUAUGUUCUAUAACGCUAUUAUUUCUAUAGUUGUAGUAAUAUGGUAAUAGUUUACUAUAUAAAUAAACAUA